UCUUUCUCUAAGUAUUGUUGGCUGCAUAAACAAAAUGACAAGCUUAGGGAAAUUGGGGCAAUGGCCUUUACUUGUAACUGCUUUGGCAAUUUGCUUUAUAGCUAGCACUGUUGUUGCUGAUUACUCUUAUGGGUAUGCUUCUCCCUCACCUUCUUACACCUCUAAGAAGUAUUACAAAUUACCAUCUCUACCCAAGUACCCAGUACCUACUCCUUACUAUAAGUCGCCUGCUGUUGCAAAGAACUACUAUAAGUCACCAGUUCCCGCAAAAUAUUACAAGUCGCCAGCUCCCGUAAAAUAUUACAAGUCGCCAGCUCCCGCAAAAUACUACAAAUCGCCAGCUCCCACAAAAUACUACAAGUCGCCAGCUCCAACAAAAUUCUACAAAUCACCAGUUCCUUCAAAGAACUACUACAAGUCGCCAUCACCUGCAAAGUACUACAAGUCACCAUCUCCAAUAAAAUAUUACAAAUCGCCUGCUCCCUCUAAAUACUAUAAGUCACCAGAACCAACAAAAUAUUACAAGUCCCCAAUUUAUAAGUCUCCACCACCACCAACUUAUUAUGAAAAAUCACCUUCGUAUUACAAGUCACCUCCACCUCCUCCAAAAUACUAUGAGCAAUCACCUUAUUAUAAGUCACCUCCACCCCCACCAAAAUACUAUGAGCAAUCACCAUCUUCUUAUAAAUCUCCACCUCCACCAUACUAUAAAGAAUCUACGCCUUCCUAUAAAUCUCCUCCACCUCCACCAACAUACUACGAGCCAUCACCUAUAAGUUACAACUUGCCGUCUCUACCAAAAACCUAUGAAAAAUCACCAUCUUAUUACCCACCUCCACCAUCCGAAAAUUAUUACAAGCAAACUCCUACUUAUGCCUCACCUCCACCGCCUGAGAAGUACGAGCAAUCCGCUAUCUAUGCUUCACCUCCACCCCCAUCAGCAUCUCCUCCGCCAACCUACUACUAAUUUUGACUAUUCAAUCAUUUUCGCCAUUUCCAUGACUUUUUAUUCCUUUUUGUCCUCUUUUUUUUAGCGACUCCAUUUCCUCGGCAAAAAUUGGAUGUAUGCUUCCCGAAAUGAUCGGGUUUGCUUAUUAUGUGUUCAAUGUUCUUUUGUUUUAAUAUUUUAUAUUAUUUAUUGUUUGAUUUAA